AGUGCCAUAGCAUACUGAUCGAUUCUGCAAAUCAAGCCUGGUGAAGUGCAGUCUUUCGCUAACAAAAUCUGAGAAAACUCAACAUUCAGGCCUGUGAGCAUUUCGGAAGUUUGAGACCCUACAGAUAGGUUUAGAUAUAUGUUUUAUAAUUUGUAAACAGAGUAGGGUGGUAGUUAAAUUUGAGAAUGUUCAUUGGUUGACAGUACUGGCAAAACCUGAAGACGUUUUCUGUUUGCCCAACGAGAGCGCUCCUGAACUCAACUUGUCAAGCAGAAUCUGAUCAUCUGACCUGAUAACUAGUCAGUCCUGUGUUGGUGGCAGCAAUCUGUAAGCAAUGGAUUACAAGCUGAUCCUGGGUAUAAUUGGGAACGCGAUUGCAGUCGCUCUCUUUGCAUCACCUCUGCCCACGUUUUGGAACAUCUACAAAAACAAGUCUACUCAAGACUUUUCUGGGAUUCCAUACGUCUGCACGCUCAUGAACUGCCUGCUCUGGGUCUUGUAUGGAUUGCCAUUAGUUUCGGAGAACGCCUUGUUAGUGCUUACUAUUAACACUGCAGGUUGCGCCUUCGAGAUCUUCUAUCUCGUCCUUUUCCUGGUUUACUCUCCCAAGCUGGAACGGAAAAAGGUGACAAAACUAUUAUCUGCUUGCUGUGCAGCAUUCGCAGUUGUUGUAGCACUUACCCUCACUGUUAUCCCUCGAAAAACGCGAAAGCUGGAAGUCGGAUCACUUUGCGUAGUGGUUGCUGUAGCAAUGUAUGUUUCUCCUCUUUCUGUCAUGAGGCUGGUGAUAAAGACACGAAGUGUGGAGUUUAUGCCGUUGCUUCUAUCCGUUUGUGUAUUUCUCAACAGUACCGUGUGGACAGGCUAUGGGAUUAUGGCCAAAGACAUAUUCAUUAUGGCGUAUUAUGAUCAGCCUAUAAUUUGGACCCGCAGAUUCCUAACGGCCUAGGAAUGCUUUCGGGAGUAGCGCAACUGUUACUGCAUGCCUUCUAUCGGAAUGCAACACCUCGUCCUCCAGGAAUUGGAGAAGCACCUACGAAAGGGAGCGUUGCUGCAGGAAGUGAUAUUCACAUGCAGACGAUAUAUGUGCCAAUUGAAAAAGAUGGAAAAACCUAUCACAGCAAAGUUAACACAGUUCCAUCUGCUACACCUAGAUCAACACUUGCAGCUGGACAAGAAGGUGCUGAGACAAAUUAGCUUACAUGUACUUACUAUGUGAUCAAAAUUAGCUCUGGGCAGUUUUUUCUGAACAAAAUGUCGGUAAUGAAAGGAUCUUGGAAAAUAUCUGGAGUAUUGAUCUGCCGGCAUGACGCCGACCUGAUCGUCAUGUGCAUGUCAAAUUAAAUAUCACUAUUGAAUGUAAGCUGUCAGUCUCUGAUUAUACUGACUACAGUCUGAGGUGCUUUUACCUUCAUGAUCAAGUUCCGAAGUUGAACCUUUGAAUGGAACUUAAUAGACUGACAGAAACGAUUUCUAGCUCAUGUAAUAACCGGCUUGCAAAUGUAGUACUUAUUCAAAAAAUUCUAGACGUUUGCAACGCAAUGUUGGCAAUAUGGUGUUUCUUUCGUUGAGUCUGGACGAGAGCUAGCAAGUCACUGUCUGCCUGAUUUCAUGAAAUCUGUUUCACGUCUGAACGAGAACACUUG